AUGGAUGUUGAAGAAGACUUGUUGAUAGUUGACGAGGUCGGCGUCUCUAGUCAACAAGCAGGGCGCGAACAAACUUCCGCCCGGCCCGUGUUUUCAGACCCUGAGAGGGUCUAUUGUAGAGUGGCGGAUCCCGGCCAGGAAAGACUCCGCCGAAGCGAAGGCUCGGGUGGAUAUUCGUAUGCGGACGCGGUUCGGGACCGCGUGGUGCGGAAUUCGAAUGUCGCCCGGCGAAAAUCUACAAUUGGCGCCCAACGUGGGGCCUCUUUUUCAAACAUAACAGGUUUUAGGUACAGCAGGAGCCAAGGUGAUUCUCCAAAUUUUUUAGGUGACAGAUUUCAUGGCACCGGCUGUCUCAAAACUUUCUUAAAAAAGUNUGAGAUAUGUGCCAGGUACAAUAAUUGGAAUCUCGUAGACAUGGAAGCGUAUUUGUCAUGUUCGUUAACAGGUGAAGCUUCACAGGUUCUCUGGGAUUUAACAGGUUUAGGUUACCAAAAGCUGGUAUCUAAGCUAGAAGAUCGUUUUGGAACAAGAGGUCAUGAAGAGUCAUACAGGUACGAAUUACAGAUUCUUCGUCGAAAACCUGGUGAGUCGUUACGAGAGUUGUCAAUGGUUACUAAAAGACUCAUGUCAUUAGCCUAUCCAGGAGAGCAGUCAAGAUUAGCUACACAUCUAGCUAGGGACUUUUUCUUGUCAGCCCUCGAUAAUGCUGAAUUAGAAUUAAAGGUUAGGGAAAAAGAACCAAAGAACAUUGACGAUGCUCUUAGAUUCGCACAGCGUCUUGAAGUUUCAAAGAUGGUGGUAGAUUCAUCUCACAGGUUUGACCCGCAGGUUAAAGAUUUUCAAGCAGGGGCAGAAAACAUGGAGUCAAUGGUACGACAGAUUGCGUUUCUUCAAAAGUCAUUUGAAGAACUCAGAAAUAAAAGAGUGCAGCCAACUGUAUCCCGAGUUGAGCGAGAGAAAAUUUGUUUUAAUUGUAAGAAGCCAGGUCAUCUUGCAGUCAAAUGUCCAGAGAAGAAUGAGACCUGCAAAUCCCAAACUUAUAGUCAAAUCAGACCGACGAAAAAGAGAUUGAAAGCUGUCAACAACACAGAAAUUCCAGUCAAAGGAGAAAUGAAGUUGCAAAUUAAAGUUGAUGAUUAUUCCAAAUCAGCGUUAGUGUUGGUGUCUGAUCAUGUUUCAGAAAUUGUUUUAGGUUUAGAUUGGCUCAGGAACAAUCAUAUCUCGUGGAAGUUUGGCGAAGGAAAAAUCGCCGUGGGUAACAAAAAUAGAACGAUGAAAUUAGUUAUUAAACAUUUUUCAUGCAGGAAGCUUUGUCGUAUUGAAGCUCACACAGAAGUGCGCAUCCCUGCGCGGUCUGAAUUAGACGUGCCAGCAAAGAUGAUUGUUCGCCAGCCGUCCAAGUUGGAAUCGACCGGAUUUAUGUGUUCGGAAAACAGGCAAAUAGAAUCGGGUGUAUAUGUAGCUAGAACGUUACUACCUAUAAAAUAUGAAAGACAGUGUGUUAGGAUCAUGAAUGUCAACGAUCAGCCGGGGGUGAUAAACCGGGGAACGCGAUUGCCAGAUUUAUCAUCGGCUGUGGAAGCAAAGGAAUCAGUUGAUCGUCUAGCAUAUGAAAAUCUAACAGAAGUUACAGGUAUGGUUGAUGGAUUAGUAAAAGAUAUUUCUAAGAAAGCAAGAGAAGAGUUGAUUCAAAUACUUAAAAGUUUCUCAGACAGAUUUAGCUGUGCGAGUGGGGAAAUAGUAUUUGGUAACAAUAGAUUCUCGACACAACCCGAAGAAUUUUCGAGCCUCAAUCAAGAGAAAUUUUUAGGGGAGGGUUGGGUCAAGGAAGGAACUAAUGUUGACGGAGUUACAGAUUUCCGGUGUGCGUAUCCCACAAACUCUGCAACUUCAUAA